AUGGCAGACAGAACGAGCAGUUUGCUGAAGAGACCUCACACUGAAGACGGCGAUGGAACACAAAAACGUGCCAGAUCCAACGAUGGAUCUCCACGUCCGACCACCCCGAGUGCGCCGCCAAAGCAAGAUGUCAGCCAGAUGCUGGCAGCCGCAAAAGCCAGAGCUGCGGAACUAAAAGCAAAACUGGGAGCUGGAAAGUCUUCAACAACAAGUGCACAAUCAACACCAUCCUCUCUGCCAAGUGCUGGUUCUGCUGCCGACAGAAUAGCUGCUCUCAAGGCUCGAAUCGCAAGCGCCACGAAUAAAUCAUCUUCGGCUACGCAAAGGACGUCCGCGUCCACACCACCCGUCUUCAAUGAUGAUAUAUCCAAAGCACGAGGUGGACUGGAUAUUGGCCUACACCCUGCAUUACUGGCGGAUGCUCAGCAAGAUACACAGCGAUCAAAGACACGAAUGCCGCAGCCUAAAUUUGCUACCACCAUGGGAAAUCGAAGAGCAGAAGUGGAUGGUUCCAACAAGAAGGCAGCAUUAGAUCUUUCUGGGCCUUCUCUUGAAGAAAUAAAAGCCAAUCCUUAUUUCGACCCUAGUCUGGGCCAGGCCAUGGCGAAAGGGAGGGCAUCCAAACAACUCAUCUUCAAUCAGAAGGGCAAAUACAUUCAACAAGCCGCGGCGCUUCGUCGACAGGCUCAACUCGAGGCUGUGAAGAAGAGAAUUGCAGAGCGUGCGAGACAAGCUGGUCUGGAGGAAGAUUUGGACACGGACAGAGCAUUCCUAAUUCCUGCCCCUCCAGAUAUCGAGUGGUGGGAUGAAGGCUUGGUAGAUGGAAAGUCUUACGACGUGAUCUCCGAUCCAUCCAAACUCAAGAUCGACACUACCGACUCUAUCAUAACCAUUUACAUUCAACAUCCUGUCCUCAUUGAACCACCACAAGAGAAGAACAAUCCCGCCCCCAAACCCAUGUAUCUGACAUCCAAAGAACAAGCAAAACUUCGUCGCCAACGCCGCAUGGCUGACCUCAAAGAAGUCCAAGCUAAGGUGCGACUGGGUCUCGAACCUCCACCACCACCCAAAGUCAAGAAAGGCAACCUCAUGCGCGUACUCGGCGAAGAAGCCGUCAAGGAUCCCACUGCAGUGGAAGCACGAGUAAAUCGAGAAAUCGCCGAGCGAAAAACAAACCAUGACCAAGCCAACGCCGACCGCAAACUCACAAAGGAAGAACGCCACGAAAAGCUCGCGCGCCAACAGGCCGAAGACGCCGCCCACGGGAUCCACGUGCGUGUCUACAAGAUCUCUAGCCUUGCCAACGGCAAACACCGGUACCAAGUGAACGUAAAUGCAGACCAAAACGCGCUGACGGGUGUAUGCAUCAUGCAUCCGAAAUUCAAUCUCGUCAUUGUCGAGGGCGGCGAACACAGCAUCCGCAACUACGACAAGCUGAUGAUGCAACGCGUACACUGGACGGAGAUGGAAGCCCCCCGUGCGGUGCAGGAGGGCAAUCGCGAAGCCCUGGCGAAGUGGCUGGAGGCGGAGGAUGAGGAUGGGAACUUACGCGACCUAAGUCUCAAUCGCUGUGAUCGUAUCUUCUCCGGAGAGGUCAAGCAGCGCCAAUUCCGCAAGUGGCUUGGUGCUCGCGUCUGUGAGACCGAUACCCAUGCGAAGGAUGUGCUGACCAGGGCCAAAUAUCCUGAAUUCUGGAAUAUUGCGAAGUCGUGGACGGCGGACGAGUUUUGA